CCGACGAAGACGUGGACGCAGAAAGGAGGAGCAGCAGCAGCAGGUAGCAGGUUCCGCGAGGACGGAAUUUGAACGCAACGGGAACGGCACACUCGACUGAAGUGGAGAACCGAGCAUGGCACCCCACACCCAAACCGCCGGUGGAGUAGGGGGCAUCACGAUAAAGCAACCAUUUCAACGGCGUCAGUGGCCAUACAACACGGUCAACACGGCCGGCACGGCAACGAAUGCUGUAACCGCCGGCACCACCACCACCACCACCAACAACAACAACAACAACAAUACGACAAACGCUGCAGGCAGCGGCACUUCGACGCUGGCCGGUAACAACAACACUAGUAUAAGCAUAAGUAGUAAUAGUAGCAACAGUGCCGCGGCCAACAGCAAUGGCGGCGGUGCAUCUCACACAACGGCAGCCGUUGCUGCGACUGGAACGACUGCGGCGGCGGCAUCAAGCGCUGGAGCGACGACGAGCGCCACAGCAACAGCAGCCACCAUCACUGCCUUUGCGACGACCCAGUCACAGACGAAUGGCAGUAGCUUCUCCACAGCCAACAACAGCAACACUGCCACGGCUGCUGCCGCCGCCGUCGCACUGCUGCGGGUCGCUUCCGCCGGCACAUCGGCCAGCCUGGCCGUGAGCCCGGCGAACAAGCUGAAGCGCCUGCAGCCGACGACGGUGACGGCAUCGACGGCUGCCACCGCGCCCCCUACCACCACCGGUGUUCAGACAGACGGAACUGGAAAAAGCAAUAGCAGCAACAGCAGCAAUACCGGCGGCAGCAUCCACCACCACGUGGCCGCCUCCGCCAAACGGGCCCGCCCGAAUCAGCAGGAGGGCGCGGGCAAGAUUGUGUGUAAGUCGGUCGGCACGAACACGAACGGGCCGCCCGCACUGGUCGCGGUCAGCAGUGCUGCCAGCCAGAAAAAGUUGACGCAAAUGGCGAUCGUUGCUGCGAGUGCGGUCAGCAACAACAACAACAGCCCCAGUCAGGCGGCGAUGUUGAUGAAGGCCGCUGCAUCGUCCCUACCAGCGACGGCAGCGACUACCACCAUCAACACCUCCGCCAGUAUGCUGACGGCUGCCGCAACCGCCACCGCCCUCACGGCGGACCUAGCAAAGGCAAACAAAAUCACGGGAUACUUCAAGUCGCAGCUGAAACCGCCCAACACGUUCCAGAGCUUGAAGAAAAGCAUCAAAACCGUUGCCGGACGUGCGUCGGCAAUGCAGCAGCAGAAGCGGAAGCAGCUUACGGACGGCUCCACGGAAGGCUGCCCGGAAUUGACGGCCACCUCUACUGCCACCACCAGCAGCACCACGACUACGAUCAAACUGCCAAUGAACGGGACGAGGACGACGUCUGGUCUCGUCAGCACUGCGACGAGCUCCAGCUCCUCCACCUCCACGCCGGCACCCUUCUCGGAGGUGGACGUGGAGAAGUAUUUGAAGCUGUUUCAGCAGCAGACGACAGCACUGGGCAAACCGGCAAAUGCAAUAUCACCAGCGACGGUAGCGCUGGAAGCGGUCGCUAUAGCAACACUGGCCGCAUCCGAGGCGGCAGCCACUGCCAACACCACUAGCAGCAGUGCCAGUUCUUCCUCCUCCUCCUCGGUGGUAGCCACCUCCACCAACAGCAAUGCGGCGAUCGUGUCGAAAAAGGUGGAGCGCAAGACAGCACGCAUCGCGCCGACCGUGUCGGCCACGCGCAAGAUCAGCCACACCGUACAGGGCGGUCUUGGUGUGGGUGGAGCGUCCGUCGUAACCGGACAUACAAAGAAGCCCAUCAACAUUGCGCCGCGCACCACCACGGUCAGCAGUACGACCGCGGUCUACCAGCACACGAUCGUGGCGGCACCGGCGGCAACGAGCACUGCCGCCACCAGCAGCAACACUACCGCCAGCGUGCACCACCAUCAUCAGGCGACUUCGACGACGACCACCACCACGCAGAAGACUGAGCAUCCCAUGCUGCUGGGCAAAACGAAUCCCUCGCCGCCGGUCCUGCUCACCACCAUCCGUCUGCCGGCUGGUACGGCGGCGGCGGCGGCGACGGCGGUCUCGCAACAACAGUCACAGCAGCAACCGACACUGCCAACCGUGUCGUCCCAGUCGCAAACGGUACAGACCGGUGCUACAACCCAGUAUAAAACGAUCGUUCCCCACCCACCAGUACCAGCCUCGUCCAGUGCUGGCGCCUCCACCGCCGCCGCCACUGCAACAUCAAAGCCAUUGUCGAGUUCAAAACAUACGACAGCGGUCAAUACGUCGGCCGCCGACACCACCACCACGAUCGCCCCAACGGCGGCCGUCUUUCAGUUUCACCACCAUCACCAGCUGACGGGAGGAGUGGGACCCGGCCAGAUACCGAAUCUGGUGCAGAUCUCGAACCUACUUCCCCUGGCCCAGCAGCCGCCAAAGCUAGCCGGCGGUGCUUCCCUCACGCUCACCACGGCGGCUAGCGCGGCCGCCAUCCAGCAACAACAGCAACAACAGCAGCAGCAACAACAACAAUCGGCAUCGGCCGCGGCCGCUGCCGCAUUCGCAUCCGCGCUCGGUACCGGCACCCCGACGGCUACGGCCGCCAACCUGCUAGUCAACGCGAACGGCCUCAGCAGCGGUGCAGCGGCCGGGCUGCUGCGUAGCGGAGCAACCGGCACCAAUGGCAACGCGUCCGGCCCGGCGGCUGGCCCAACGCCACAGCUCGUCAUGAACGCGACCAUCAUCAAAAUCCAUCAAAUACAGCAGCAACAGCAGCAGGCGGCCGCUGCCGCCGCCCAGCAAGCGGCACAGCAGCAACAGCAGCAGCUGAUGGCAGCCGCGGCCAAUUCGGUUGCGAACGCGGCAGCCGCAGCGGCAGCCACCCAGCAGCAGCAAAGCUUCACCAUGGAGGCGUCCGCGAUGAACAUGAACUUUAGCGGCAUGUUUGCCACCAAACCGACCACCACGGUGGUGCCGUACUCGUGCCAGACAACGGCGGCCGGGCGCGCCACCGCCUACCACCAGCAGCAGGCCGGCCCCCAGGCCCUGUACUCCUCGGCGCUGAACCACUUCGCCGCCGCCCAGCAGCACGCACAGCAGCAUCAUCCGCAGCAGCUGUUCAUGACGCCCACGGGCGGGAUAUUCGUGAACGCGGCCGCCAUCCCGGCGAUGAUCAGUUCGCAGCUGAGUGCGGCCUUCACCCAGGCGACGGCCAACAUUCCCGCGCUGCAUCCGCUGCAGCCGCCACUGCCAGCGUCGUCGCAAGCCACGACGAGUGGCAGCGCAAACGGUGGCAGUGCCGCCGCCGCCCCCGGACAGUUACCAAAUAUCACAGCUAUCAUCCAACAGAGCAACGGCGGAACGGCCGCUAGCGGCGGCAGUGCUGCUGCCGCCCAGCAGCAACAACAGCAGCAACAUCAUCACCACCAUCACCAUCAACUACUGGCGAACAUUUCGCCUGCAAUCCUCUCGAACCUGCAGGUAGCAACGGCGGCAGCGCUCGCCGGCGCUGGCACUGGUGUGAGUGCGAACAAGCUCGCUCUCGGACAGGCAACACCGGUGACGGGCGCUCAGUUUGUGCCAAUCUCGGCUGCCGCUCACUACGGUGCCGGCACCACGAUCUACGCAGCAGCACCGCAAACCCUCUCUAUCGCGACGUCGAUGCAUCACGCACAGCAGCAGCAGCAGCAGCAACAGCAGCAGCAACAACAACAACAACAGCAGCUGCAACACCAACAACAGCAACAGCAGCAACAGCAAGCAAUCCUGUCGGCGGGUGUCCAAUCGCUCUCUCCGCCACCGCUCGUGGCCACCGUGCCAACGUUCACCACCACCGGCAAACCGAUCAUGAACGCCGUACUGAACGGAGUCUCGUCAGCGGUGUCGUCCGGUGCAACGCCUUCUUCCGGUGCGCAAAAGCUGUCCCUCGGUGGCGAACCGCCGGGCCUGGUACCGGUACAGCUUUCGAAGCAACCGCCGGUUGUUUCGUCGGCUGCUGCCGCACCACUUCCCAAGCUGGUCCGUUCUGGGGCGCUCCCGGCGCGCAGCAACGGGUCCACGCAAACGUCUGCGAUCGUUGUGCCGCCAGCCGCACCCACCUCACCGCCGGCGCUCAACCCGCUCACGGUGGAUUGUGGCAGCAGCAACGACAGUGGCAUCGUGGCCAACUCCAGCGACAGCGAGGACAAGUCGCUCACGAUCGAUCUCUGUUCGCCCGGAUCGCCGUCCGACACGUCCGACACUGCCAAGAAGGGCGAGGAAGGGGACGAGGAAGAGGAAGAAGAUCAUCAUAUUCACGACCACCAUCACCAUCACCAUCACCGUCAUCUGCAUCAACGGCAUCAUCUGCAUGGCAGCAAGGACGAUACACGCACCACGACGUCGUCCCGAUCGUCACCGCUCUCUACCUCAUCCUCGGAAGACUCCGAGGAUCUGAUGAUCGUCGACCAUCAUGCGCCGUCGGCAGAGACAAAUACCACUGCAACGGUUGCAUCCGUUGCGGUUUCUCCGUUUCCGCCGCCACUGCGGCUACUGUCUGACGUGGCAGUCGCGGCUGCCGAGGCAGAAGCCGCUCUUCAUCAGCAGCAACAACAGCAGCAGCAGCAGCAGACAGCUUCUGUGGUGCACCAACAACAACACGCCACGACCAAUUCGUCCGUGCUAGAGCUGAUCAGACAGAAGCAUGAGCAGCAACAACAACCGGACCAAUCAUCGAUGGAGCAAGAUGAGGAGGAGGACACAUCAUCGUCCAGUGCCAAGCCAGAGGAGCAGCUGCUGCAACAGCAGGAGCAACAGCAGCAAUUGCACCACGAACCAAUGUCCGUCGCUUCGUCCUCGUCUGGAACGGACCUGCAGGAAGACUACAGUGCCGCCCCAACGCCCCAAAGUAGCAGCUCGUCCGACGGUACGCUGACGUCGCAACAGCAGGAGCCAAAGUCGUCCUCCCAGCUCGACGCCCGCCAUGCGAACGCAUCGCCCAGCUGCUCGCUGUCGGAGCAAUCCUCCUCUCAUCUAUCGCCACCGAGCAUCGACACAGAGAUGGCACUGGCGAACCCGCUCGCACCGGAAGCAACCUGUGCCAAAAGUCCCAUCCUUUCGCAGCCGAAAACGAUCCGCUUCCCGGCACCGUCCGGUACGGCACCGCACCACAACUUCGGCCGCAAGGGCUUCCGCCGGUCGGGCGACGGGCGGCUGUACGGCGUGUGCUACUGGCGGGACUGUGACAGCAAGUACGACAGCAACACGCAGCUGCUGGACCAUCUGCAGAACGCGCACGUCAACACGCAGAAGGACGGAACCGGCCUGUACGCCUGUCUGUGGGACGGCUGCAAGGUGCACAACAAGGAAUCGACUAAGUUUAACUGGCUGGAAAAGCACGUCCUGUCGCAUGCCUGUACCAAACUGCACAAGUGCAUCUUUGAAGGAUGCGGCAUGCGCUUCGCCUCACAGCCAAUGCUGGUAAAGCACGUCAACAGUCACGUGGAUGUGGACCGAAACAGCUCUGGCAAGCGAUCGUCCGAUCCGCCCGUCCCGAAGAUGCUACGUAAAACGGGCAAAAAACUGCGCUACCGUCGGCAACCGUGGUCAGCGCGCCGUUUUGAUUUCUUCGAUUCCGGUGUGAUGGAAGGGUUGCAGCAUCGCUUGAUACGGCUUGCCACCAUCGCAAGCGGACCGGGUGGAGCGAUAACGUUCCGUGGAUUGCAGCUCAGCCGCCGCCACAUACCGAGCGAAGGGACGGAAGUGCUCGUCCGAUGGUACCCAGCCGAUAUCUUACCGGACGAAUGGUUACCGGAGCUUCCGGCAGGGGAAAAGUUUGUGAAACAGGUCAACAUUCACAGUCUCUCAUUCGAGCAGCAGAAUGAACUGUCGGACUAUUUGAAGCACGAUCGGCUCAACCCAACGGCUGCUACGAUUGUGAACCCGUUUAUCGCGCUGCACGAGCACGAGUGUGCGUUGCCGGUGACGACGACGACUGCCAGUGGUGGUAGUGGAAGCAGCUCCAAUCUGAGCAGUAUCAGCAGCAACAGCAGCUGCAGCUGGAGCAACAACAGCUUCUCGAACUGUCCAACAACCGAGAAGCGAUUUAAUUCACGCACGGCACCCAAGCAACAGCGCAAGCGCUCGAAACCAUCCGGUACAAGUUCAUCGACGGGAGGAUCUUCCAUUACAUCCACCGGAUUUUCGUCGCUGUUUUCAACCUCGCUAACAUCACUGUCCGGUGGUGGAGGAGCCGGAGCGACCACUGCCAGUAAUACGGCCCCGUCGUCCUGCGGUAGUAGUAGUCGUGAUGGAAGCUGCGGCACAAUGCAACUGUCAUCCUCAUGCUCUUCAUCGUCGAUUUCGUUUACCUCCUCAUCGGGAUCCUCUUCCGCAACGUCAUCCGGACUCGUGAUGAAAUCAUCGUCCUCCUCCUCAUCCUGACCGUCGUCGAUGCCAACGAGAGCGCACAAUCAAAAGCGCAAAGUAAGACCCGCUCCGGUAAGCGAGCGUGUCAAACCGGUAGAAACAAAGCCGGCAGCGCCCGCCGCUGCAGGAUCAUCAGUUAGCCGACAGGGCCGCAUCCGAUUGCUGUCGGCAAAGGCAGCCCAGUUGCCUUUGCAGCACCGUGAUGGCAAACGAAAAAACACAUCUCAUAGUGCAGCAGGGGAGCGGAAUCGUCGCAGUGCUGCCGCUGGAACCACUGAAACCGCAAACAGCAGGCGGUAAGGUGGAUGAUUGUAUUGUAUGAUAAUUAACGAAUAAUUGGUAUAUAGUAGUUGCUUCCACUCCUGCAUGGAGGGGAGGGGAUGCCUCCAUGUAAUUAAGGUGAAUGAAGUAGAAAUGUCUCCGCUCCGCUAAACGAUACAAUCCAUAACAAGAGCAAUUGCAAACUAGAAGUAUAGCCAGGGUUAGGAAGUAAUGUGUCUAAUGUGAAUUAAAAGCGCCAAACGCUACUAGCUUACUCUGUAAUAACCGCACUGGGGCGCAUUUUUUAUGGACUGAUCCUACGCGCCUAGAGUGAGGAGAACUCUCCUCCAACUCUCCUCGGUUAAGAAAUUCCCCACCAAACACCACAUACUUACUCACAUCUACACACUCACGCACACAAACACUCACACUCGUACGCAAACAAACAAACAAACACGGACACUAGAACGUGGCCUGCAAGUAGCAUGUAAGUGCAACAGUAGCCAUUGAAGAUUUCUGAGUAUGAUGUGUGCGUCGGUCGUGAAAGGAGGGUUAAUGUGAGGUUAUUAUUUUAAUUAACUUACUCACCCGGUUCAGUGGUGUUCAAAUUGUGAAUAUAUUUUAGUUUAGAGCAAAGUGUUAGAUAAAUGUCGGCGAGGCAAGGCAAAGGUAUGUUUUUCUUCCUAAUUUUCCUCGUUCGGAAGUAGAGCUAAACUACUCCUUUUGCGCUAAUGAUCUAUUACAUUUUCGACUAUUAGUACAACGAGGGAAGCAAUGGAAGCGUAAGCCGUGUACGUGAACUAUUAAGCUAAAGAAAGGAACUUUAUUUGUCGAAAUGAUUUGAAUGUAGCAGGAACUUGCGAUACACAAAUAUACACACUCACACAAACCAACCAACCAUAGACACAUCCAUCGGCCGUAGGGAGAGCGUUGUUUGUAUCAUUAUUGUUUCUUUUCAAGCAGGAAAAUGAAAUAUAGCACUAAUAAGUCGAAUGUUCUGGUAUGCGCACAAAGAAGAGAAGAGACAACAAGUGAGGGAAAACGUGUAUUUGGUGCGUGUGCUGCGCGGUAUUAGCACUGCAUAGAAGUUGUCAGACAAAAUUAUUUCACUAAUCCGUUGAUCUCAAAAUAGUACUGUCUAGUAUGUAAAAGAGGACGCAGUACACAAGUGAGUGUGUGCGAGCGGUCACGGUGGCCUUGCAGCCGCGCGGAAGGAGGGCGCAUUGUCCCUGGGAGACGGGAGAGAUCACGCGCAAAGAACGUGCGUGAAGUAAAGGAGGGGAAACGUAACAUAAUUUGAUGCUAGUGAUGUAAUAAGGCUAGAAUUAGAGUACGCUGUGACCAUAGCAACCACAUAGUACGGGAGGGCGUGUCGGGUUGAGAAUGACAAUAGUAGGCAUUACUCUCCUCGCAAAACAUCCUCCGACAUUACGGGAACGUAACCACACCCAAACAAACGUACACGCACACAUGUAUGUACGCGUACACACAACACACACUACACUCCUCCACAAAAGAGCAUGGUGGAAAUAGAGUAAUCUAGCAAUACAUUUCAAAAACAUUGCGAUGGAUUAAGACUGAAAAAUGUAUUUUUAUUAGAUUGUACAGUAAAGGAUGUGAAUGCGAAGGCGGAGGGUUAACCGAAGGCAUGGAUGCUGAAGGCGGAAGCACGUAAGAAAAAGGGCAAACAAUUGUGACUCACACACACCAAGGGAGCGAUUUAUAGUAUGGAAGGAUUGCAAUUAUUGUACACAAAUGAGCGGCGGGCAGAAGAUGAAACUACUUUUAUCACUUUUAACUAAUCCGCGCAUACCAUCCGUGGAAUGAAUUGGCAGGACAAUUACUCACUGUAACAUGUGUGGUACAUUUUCACGAUCAACAAGCAAUCUUAUCUUUGCAAUACUGAUUACCAUGGCAACCAUGGGGAUGCGAAAAGUUGCAGAGCACGUGCUUGGAAGAAAGAAAGUGUUUAAUAUUAUAUUAUAAUCAAAACAAGUUCUUCUCUCUAUGUGGUGCUGAUACGAAUCUUUCUUUUAUUUAAGUUGGUUCAUCUACCGUAAUCGAUCUGGAUCUCGUUUCUCGUUAUCAGACUCGUUUAUGCCUAAAGCUAAACCUGACGUGUGUGUGAUGACGUUUGUCUUCUUUUGUGUAACUCUUUGCUCUUCUUUACCAAUCAGAAGAAAACAACCAAAACCUUCGUGUAUUAUCCUUUACUGCAUUCGAACCCAAAUUGGCUUUAUAGAAACAAAAACAAAAUUUAAAGUUAAAUGUGUGUAAAACAAAAUUAACUAAAAAGUAACAACCACUGUGCGCAUAGGGUUAAAAACGCUUAACAAACGGUCGUCGCCUCAGUCGAACAACUCUGCAACGAACGAACGAAAAAGGGAAGAUGCGCAAAGAAAUAUGAUCACUGCCAAAAAAAAAAACACACACACACACACACAACUGAAAAAACUCUUUAAUCUAUAUGGGGGAAAGAAGAAACUUGACUGAAUUAUGAAACUAAAUAUUAAAAGGAAGAAAAAAAAAGAA